AACAUAGCCAAUAAUUCUUGGAUUAAACAGGCGUAUGAUGCAAUUAUAUAUAUUUUUCGUCUGCAAUGGAUUCAUAUAUAUGGAUUUUUAAAAAAGGCUCAAACAUUUUGUCACAGAGUUGAAGUAUUUGAUGAGGAACCAGGAGAUGAUGAAGAAAUAGGUGGCCAGAGGACGUAUAAACUACCAAUGUCAUGCAUUUUACCCUUUCCAAAAAGGACUGAUCUUUCAAACACGCAAGAGUUUCUACCAAGGAAACAAGUUCUAGCUGUAUAUCCAGGAACCACAGCGCUUUACAAGGCGGUUGUUAUAAGCACACCACGAAAGAGGAAGUCUGACGAGUACUUGCUGGAAUUUGAUGACGAUGAAGAAGACGGAACACUACCUCAAAGAACAGUGCCUUUCCACUAUGUGGUAGCUGUACCAAAAGGUCAUCGCCAAUGAAAUAAUAAGAGUUUUUUCAUGUUUGUUUCUUUUGGACCCAAGUAAAACUUAAAAGAAGAUGAUAAAUUUUCUGUCCAAUUUGGGGAAAAGCUACUCUAGUUUAAGGGUAAUAUAUAUGUAGUAUGUGUAUUUUAUAUCAUUGUGAGCCACGAUGUUGAACACAAAUGAAAUUCAUGUUUACACGUUUUGGGA